GCUGUACCGGACACUGUCUCCGUCGGAUGGCGAGCUCCCGCCGGGAUCCGGAAUCAGAGCCCGAGUCAGUGUUCCCUCGGGAGGUCGGGCUCUUUGCUGACUUUUACUCGGAGAGGAGCCGGUUCUGCUUCUGUGGGCACGUACUGAGCAUCAUGCAGAACUUUGGGUCUCGCCUCGGGGUGGCGGCGCGCGUGUGGGACGCGGCUCUGAGUCUGUGCAACUAUUUCGAGAGUCAAAAUGUGGAUUUUCGAGGAAAGAAAGUGAUCGAAUUGGGCGCGGGGACGGGCAUCGUGGGAAUCUUGGCAGCGCUGCAAGGGGGGGAUGUUACCAUCACUGACCUGCCUCUGGCCCUAGAACAGAUCCAGGGCAACGUCCAAGCUAAUGUGCCAGCUGGAGGCCAGGCCCAGGUACGUGCUUUGUCCUGGGGGAUUGACCAGCAUGUCUUUCCUGGAGACUAUGACCUGGUGCUGGGGGCGGAUAUCGUGUACCUGGAGCCCACCUUCCCACUGCUGCUGGGGACCCUCCAACACCUGUGUGGGCCCCGUGGCACCAUCUAUCUGGCUUCCAAGAUGAGAGAGGAGCAUGGGACAGAGAGCUUCUUUCACCACCUCCUGCCCCAGCACUUCCGACUGGAGCUGGCCCAGCGGGAUGAGGAUGAGAAUGUCAACAUCUAUAGAGCCAGGCACAGGGAAUCAAGACCUGCUUGAUGUUACUUCUCCUGUUCUCAACCCCUUGUCCCAAUGAAGAAACUGCAUCUCUCCAAAGCCAUGUCUUCAGAACCAUAAACAUAAGGACAAAAAAAAAUCACUUUCUCUCCCCUCUUUCUUGACUUUACGCAAGAUAGACUUUAAAAAAAAAUUCUAUGGAUUUUUUUUCAGUGUUGGGGAUUGAACCAAGGGCCUUGCCUUGCUAGACAAGUGCUUUAUCAUUGAGCUAUAUCCCCAGCCCUUUUCAAAAUUUUUAUUUUGAGGCAGGGUCUUGCUGAGUUACCCAGGUUGGUCUUGAACUUGCAACUUGCAAUCCUCCUGCCUCAGCCUUUUGAAUACUGGGAUUAUAGACAUGCACUACCAUGCCCAGCUUUAUGGGAUUUUUUUUUUUUUUUGAGAAACAGUAUUGCUAUGUGUUCCAAGUUAGCCUUGAACACUCUAUGUAGCCCAGGCUGGCCUUGAACUCAUGGCAGUCUUCCUGCCUCUGCCUCCCAAGUGGUGGGAUUAUAGGAUUGCACCACCACACCCAGCUGGAAUUUGUUGUUGUUGGUUUUUUUUGUUUUUGUUUUUUGAGACAGGGUAGUUCAAGCUGGCCUCAAACUUGUGGCGAUCCUCCUGCCUCAGCUUCCUGAGUGCUGGGAUUACAGGUGUGUGUGCCACCAUGCCUAGGUGGGAAUUUUUUAAAGAAAAAAAAAGUAUUAAUGAUCUCUUCUGAAUCCAACAAAGUCAUGUUUUCCUGGGGAGAUGAAAAGGAAGAGGCCUCAGACCACCUGUUUGUUGCUUGUAGAGAGAAAAAUCUAGUGGGACCAUGGCUCUAAUUGGGUCAAGUCCUAUCUCUGCAGAGCUGCCUUUUGGGCUGUAGCUUUUUCCUCCUUUCCAGAGUGGGAGCCCUGAUCUCAGAACAUCAUCCUCAGAACACUGUACUGAGUACUAGGUUCUUCUCAUCUUUGAUUUUUCUUCCCUACCCCAUCAGUCCUUCCUUUGUAAUAUAUUUUUCUUCACUUCUUGCCUCUUCCCACUGUAGGAGCUCUGGUUGGGGCUUUCUUUACUUACUACUUAGCCAUAUACCUCCCCUGGGCCUCUGCCAUCAUUUUCUCACCUUCAAGCCAUUCUGCCAACUCUUGCAAUCUUCCAAAAUCCACUCUGAUUAGCUUCCAUUGCCUGUAGAAGCAAGAACAAUCUCCUCUGCUUGGUACUCGGUCUAUCCUCACAUGAUCCAUUACCUCUCUAAUUCACUUCAUACUCCUUUCCUACUUGUAUUGGACCUCUGACAAAAUUACAAAGGCCUACUUUUUGUUUUCUAAAUCCACAUAAAAGUUCAUGACUUCAUUCUUUAUGCUUGGAAAUUAUAUUGCUAUGUAUCAAAAAUCUUUCUUACUCUUUGUCUCUCCUGAAAAAAGCUUUUCCUGAGCCUCUUGUUUGAAUGUGAUUCCCCCUUUCCCCAUCCUUUAACUGUUUGUUCAUCUUCUGGGACCUACCUUGUCUUGAGUGGACAUUUGUCUGAUCUUUAUUUUCUCAUCAUUAGAUUAUCUUGGAGGGUACAGCUAAGGUUUAUUCAUCUCUAAUUCCCUGAAGCCUAACGCAGUAACUGGCUCAGCAGAUAGUUUGUUCUUUCAACAAAUAUUUACUCGGUUUGUUGAGGUUACUCUAUCUCCACCUAGAGGAAACCCUGGGCAGUUUUCUGAACCCACACCUACCUCACAAGUUUGUUGUGAGUCAUAAACCGAUACUAAAUAUAAAAGUACAUUGGAAAUAAAGAAACAAUGUUACCCA